AUGGCACCAAUAACCCUACCACACAACAAUACGAUCCCCUUCGCCACUUCUAAUGGGACGAUCAUCCUCGUUCAAGGCUCAGAUAGCCCCUGGGACCUGGACCUGAAUACACUUGUCACCAUCGUGUUUGGCGUCAUCAGCAUCGCUUUCCAAAUAGGCCACAUGUACCACGGGACAACGCGAAAGAGUAGAACCACCGGGACCGCUCAUGAAGACGUUGAAAAAAAUGGACCCAGGCACCCCAGGGACGGGCAGGGAACGUUUUUCGGACCGCGCCAUCCUCCACAUUAUUGGGAUGAGUCCCAAGACUACAAGACUGGGAGGCCGUUGAUGAGUCAACCGUCUUCGGCCGCGCACAUCCGCGGUGUGGCUCUCCGAAAGCCUUCGUACCACGAUAACAGCACGCAACUGGGCACCAGGAGUGUUCCUGAAGGGCAUGUAUAUCGACGGCAUCCCUGGCAGAACAAUGAGUGGACAAGUGGGACGAGUCCAUGGCCUAUCCCCACUGAGCCUGCCCUUCAACGACAACACGCUCAGCGUCGCCAGCCGGGGUUUUUCUGA